AUCAUGAAAAUAAUGUUUUAACCAGAUAUGCAGACCGCCGACUGCAGAGGAAAAUUCCGGAGAAGGGUAGAACCGCUGUUUGAGUUCAAUGACAGACAAAGAUUGUUUUUUUUAAUUACAAAAUAUUUCAGAAAAAUGUUUGGAAAGUCGUCUGCCGGUUUUGACCGGCUGCUUGAGAAAGCAACUAGUCAGCUUCUCCUGGAGCCGGAUUGGACUUCAACCAUGAUGAUCUGUGAUUCAAUCCGACAAGGAGAUACUAAUCCUAAGUAUGCUGUUGCUGCAAUUAAGAAGAAAUUUUAUCAUCAGAAUCCGCAUGCUGCACUUUACGCUCUACAGGUUAUGGAAUCUUGUGUAAAGAACUGCGGAGUUCUGAUCCACGAGGAGAUUGCAACCAAAUCCUUCAUGGAGGAGCUCAGGGACCUCGUCAAGCAGGGGACAGAUGAUACAGUCAAAAAUAAGGUUCUUGAGCUGCUUCAGACUUGGGGAACGGCGUUCAGGAACUCUCCUAAAUAUAGAAUAGUGACGGAUACUCUGCAUCUAAUGCAGGCGGAGGGAUGGAAGUUUCCGCCGGUCAGAGAGGCGGAGGCUAUGUUUGAGGCGGAUACUGCUCCGGCUUGGUCGGAUGGUGAGGUUUGUCAUAGGAAUUUAGAUCACUAA